CGGAGGCCUAUGCGGCAGAGCAGCGUCGAGAACGCGCUGGAUACGCUGAGGAAGUACAAUACAGUGCUUGUGAUUGAUGACUCUGGGUCAAUGCAGGGCGAACGAUGGCAAGAGGCGCGAGAUGCACUUUCAGCGCUCGCGGACGUCGCAUCCAAGUACGAUGCGGACGGAAUUGAUAUAUGCUUCUUGAAUGACAAGCAUGUAGGGACUGAUGUGAGGGACCCUCAGGUCGUAAAGCGGAUAUUCGACCACGUUCGGCCCCGGGGGAUCACACCCAUCGGAGAGAAACUUGAGGAAUUGCUGCUGUUCUACAUUGAGAAUCUCGAACGUGCGAAGAGGCGUGUAGAUGCUGGCGACCAUGAAGGCAUGAAGGAUAUGAAGCCGGUCAAUUUCAUCGUCAUCACAGAUGGUGCUCCAACGGAUGAUCCAGAGGAAGUCAUCGUUACAGCAGCGAGAAGACUGGACCGUAACAACUUCCCUCUUACUCAGGUUGGCAUCCAGUUUGUGCAAAUCGGAGACGACCCUCAAGCCACAGAGUUCCUGAACGAACUAGACAACGGGUUGAGCCAGAACUAUGGCAUCCGCGACAUUGUGGACACGACGCCGUAUUUGGGUGGCCGCUUGACUGCCGACCUCAUCAUCAAGAUCUUGCUCGGAGGCAUAAAUCGACGAGUCGACAGGCGG